AUGGUGGAUAUGAAAGUAAUUAUGAAUGUUAUUACAACCAUAUUAACUUUUGUAGAAGGCGUAGUGGAUCAGGUUGCACCUAUAGUCAAUAAAUUUCUUGAUAGAAAACCAUCUCCACCACCUCAGCCAACAAUUAAUCCGAAUUGUCAACCACCUCACUGUGGUAUUUCACCAUAUUAUUGUCCUAAUGAACAAUUAUCACCAAUUUGUCUUCAAAGAAAAAUGGCUGUUGAUGAUGGUAUUCCGCGUCGUCUUACGACAUUGCCGUCCGAUACUGACGAUAAUAUUAAUGAAAGAUCAGAGAAAUCUUCAACAUCAAUGUCACCAAGCAGCACAAUUAUGUUAGUAUUCGUUAGUGUGAUUGCAUUAGCUAUAAUUGGUUUUUUAUGGAUACGAUGCAGGCAUCAAAAUGAUGAAACAUGGAAUUAUGAUGAUCGUAAAAGUAGUACAUGGACUGUAUAA